AUGGACUGCUUCAAGAACAAGGCGGUGAAAGUCGAAGUCCCACCCAGCGAGAAGACAGUCACCAUCGCUCCUCGUGGCCUCGGGAUCGCCCUAAAGGUUCCUCCUGAGGCAUUGCAGCAGACCGGCGCUCCUCCAACUUUUGCCUUCACAACAUGCACACCCGAGUCCUUUGUCUAUCCCGACGGCUACAAAUCCCUCAGUCCAAUCUACUACAUUGCUUCCAACAAACCUCUCGAGGAAGAACUUGAAGUUUUACUGGAGCACAAUGUUCGGUUUAUCCCAAUACCAGCAGGAAAGUUUAACGUUGGGAGAGAGCAUGGCAGCCUGAUAACAAAUCAAUUGGGCUUUCUUAACGCUGGAACAAAAGCGACCGACACUUCAAAAAUUGAAAACCGCUAUGCUGUGAUGUUCAGUUUCUCUAACGAAGAUUGUAGCACACGACAUGCUGGUAUUUCAAUGUCACUGGCAAACGAGGUCUACAUGACGAAUUUCAGAGAUUCAUUGCAAGAGGAGUGGAAGACCUCAGUAUCUCACAGAUCAAGAGUUCCCGUUGUCUUUGAAGGUUCCAGUGCAUGUGUGCUCCUUCCACAGAAUUAUGAAGGGUGGGAGAUAACUGCAGACACUCAACAUUGUGAUCUGAAUCCAACUGCCCCGACUGUUGUAAACGACCAAGCCAUAGAAAAGCCUGAUCUGCUCACCUUGGAUCGGUUGGGGGACAUCAGAAUCAUGCAAGAAACUGCUCCCCACUAUCGUGGCAUUGGUACAUUCUUACUCAAGGACAGGUAUGGGCACCGCUUGCAAGCCAUUGAAAUGGACAGGAAAACUGCGGCCGAUAAAAUCAGGGAGGUAUAUGUAAAAUGGCUGGAGGAAGACCCAUACUGUUCGUGGGCAACUCUCUCUGCCCCUGAGCCCCAGCAUCAAUCUAUUGAUGUCGCUCUUCCUCCAUUGGAUUGUUACAAGGAGAAGCGAGUGGUGAAAGUCGAAGUCCCACCCAGCAAUAAUACAGUCACUGUCGCUCCUCGUGACCUCGGGAUCACCCUAAAGGUUCCUCCUAAGGCAUUGCAGCAGACCGGCGCUCCUCCAACUUUUGCCUUCACAACAUGCACACCCGAGUCCUUUGUCUAUCCCGACGGCUACAAAUCCCUCAGUCCAAUCUACUACAUUGCUUUCAACAAUCCUCUCAAGAAAGAACUUGAAGUUUUACUGGAGCACAAUGUGAAUAUCGAAAGCAGCGAGCAAGCGGAGGAAAUGAUUUUCUGCAUUGCACAACCUCCAGAAGACGGAAGUAAAGAGGUUCGGUUUAUCCCAAUACCAGCAGGAAAGUUUAACGUUGGGAGAGAGCAUGGCAGCCUGAUAACAAAUCAAUUGGGCUUUCUUAACGCUGGAACAAAAGCGACCGACACUUCAAAAAUUGAAAACCGCUAUGCUGUGAUGUUCAGUUUCUCUAACGAAGAUUGUAGCACACGACAUGCUGGUAUUUCAAUGUCACUGGCAAACGAGGUCUACAUGACGAAUUUCAGAGAUUCAUUGGAAGAGGAGUGGAAGACCUCAGUAUCUCACAGAUCAAGAGUUCCCGUUGUCUUUGAAGGUUCCAGUGCAUGUGUGCUCCUUCCACAGAAUUAUGAAGGGUGGGAGAUAACUGCAGACACUCAACAUUGUGAUUUUCCUAAGGAGACCAUUGAUUACGACGGUCGUGAUUGUCUGGCAAAAAUGGACUACCCUCCUCGUCUUACCUUCACUAUAAAAGCCACCGGAAAUGCCAAGUCCUGUACACUGCCGUUUAAGGUAGUUGGUCUUACUGAUGAGAUUUACUUUAAACUUCAGCUGAAUCCAACUGCUCUAAACAACCAAGGUCAGUUUUGCAACGCAAUUAAUUUUUAA